UCCUAUUCUGCCGCCGGCCCGCCGCCGCCGCAGCCGUCGCACCUCCGACGGUCCCACCUCUGCCACGAUGCCUCUCUUCCUCCACCGCACCUGCGCCCUGUGAAGUCGUCCCCCUGCUCUCUAGGAACGGGAAGGUCACCGGCCACCGGGGAACAGGAAGGUCGCCGGCUGCCGCGGGUACCGGGGACUCGCGCACGUGCCCUGCGCUGAGCCGGCGUGGGCUGCAGUGAUCUCCUCCGACGUCUUCAACUCCAAGUCGCCGACCACGGACCACGGCGGCAUCCAGGUGCUACUCCCAAUCUUCAGUAAGGCACUCCCUCGUUCCCUCACUCCCUUCAUUCUUGCUAGUCGCAUCUGAAAUUCUAGAGUCUGGACAGUCGAACAGCUAUGUAUCCUUUAUUUUUUUUGGAAUUAGUUUGUCCAUGAACAUUGUGCUUUGUUGCUCACUAAGCAGUACAUACGGAUGUUUCGUAGCAUUUAAAUUAAUAUUGCUGAGUUACUGGAUUUGCUGUAUGGAGGCAUCCUAAAAGGCUAAAACUAAAAGCAUGAAUAUUUUAGGCAAUUUAUUAAUAUGAAGUUAGCUUGCUGUGCGUAUGGAAUGCAAAGAUACUGCAUAUUGCAGUCUGCAAGUUUGCAACUUGAUCUGUUGAUCUGGCUACAGGCCUAGUUGCUACAGCUCUUUGUAAUUUGCUAAUUUGUCACACACUGGACAAAUGAUCUUUGAGUAUGUGGAUGGUUGUAUUGAACGAGUGGGUGCUGAAAAUGUUGUGCAAGUGGUCAUGGAUAAUGCAUCAAACAACAUGGCAGCAAAGGACUUGUUAUUUGUGAAGAGGCCAAGUAUAUUUUGGACAUCAUGUGCAACUCACACCCUGAACUUGAUGCUUGAAGGAAUGGGAAGAUCAAGAAGUUCAAAGGCUUCAUUGAUCAAGCUAAGUCAAUGACCAUCUUCAUCUAUUCACAUCAUAGAACCUUAGCUUUGAUGAGAAAAUACACAAAGAAGAGAGAUAUUGUGAGACCUAGUGUUACUAGAUUUGCUUCCAAUUUCCUCACUUUGCAGAGUUUGUAUGAGAAGAGAGAGCAACUAAGGACAAUGACUCAGUGCGAUGAAUGGGACAAAUUCUUACUUUUUGAGCCACAUCAAGAAGAACAGCAAAGGGGUUCUAGCCACAUCUGUAAUGACAAGACCGUACUUUUGGAAUGGGGUUGCACUUUGUUUGAGCCAUUGGUCAAAGGUACUUUGCAUGGUUGAUAGUGAUAUCAAGCCAUCUAUGGCCUUUCUGUUUGGAGAAAUUGUAAAGGCAAAGGAACAAAUCAAUGUGGCCUUUCGGAACAUUGAGACACCAGUUAACCUUGCUCUCUACAACAAUGUCAUAGAGAUCAUUGAUAACAAGAUGAAGGAUAGGCUGGAUAGUCCAUUGCACUUGGCAGCGUAUUUGUUGAAUCCUUAUUACAGCUACAAUGAUGGAUCCAUCUUUACAAGUGAGCAGGUCAUGGAUGGAUUCAUCACUGCUGUUGAGACCUUUUACCAUGGUGACUAUGACAAGCAAAGCAAAGUGCUCAAUGAAGAGCUCCACAAGUUCAGAGAUAAACAAGGCCACUUGGGAAAACCUGUAGCAAAGGCUGGCUGCAUGGAAUAUGAUUUUAGCCCAGCAAAUUGGUGGGGCAGUUAUGGAACACAGGUUCCAACUUUGCAAAGGAUGGCGAUAAGGAUUCUAUCCUUAACUUCAAGUUCUUCAGGUUGUGAAAGGAAAUGGAGCUGCUUUGAAGAUUACAACAACAGGAUGAAUGGGAAAAAAAUUAAGGCCAAGAAGAACCAGAAAAUGGAUCCUCUUCUAUCUACUGAAGCAAACCAUGCUCAAGGAUGGCUGGUUGAAGGAGGAGAUGAAGAGGAUGCUGAGCUUGUAUGUGGGCUGACAUGGAAAUUGAUUGAAGAGGCUUGUGGGGUUGAAGAAUGUGAGAGAAUCUUCGUAGGAGUGCAAGGCUGGCCCAAAUGAGAGAUGUUGAUGAUGAUGAUUUCCAUUCCGAAGCAGAAGAAGAACAAAUCAAUGAGGUUGAGAUUGAUUUUGAAUCUGACCAAGAGGAUGUGGUUCCAAUUGUUGGGGAUGAAGAUGAGGGUGAGAAUGAUGACUAGUCAAUUGGCCACGCAUGUCUGGCAGCUCGCUUCAAUGCUUUUGCUUAUGACUUAUGAGCUGUUGUGAUGGUCAUGUGUUGUAUGUUGUGACUUGUGAUUUGUGAACUUGUGAUGCCCUAAGAUGAUAAGAUUUCGAGGCUAUGAGUCUGGGAGGCUGUGAACUUGUUAAGCAUUUUCAUUUGACUUGCCAUCUCAUUUGUGAAACUGAGAACUAUAUGCUUUUGUUGUAAGCUGGACUGUGUUGAUGUGUGAUGGAGAAAUGCACAACUAUUAUCUAGUAUCUA